AUGGCUUCUGCUAGGAGAUGGCAAAAUAUGAUCCAUUGUUUGCAAGAUGAUAUGGGUCAUUGGGAUAAUGGUUUAGAGAAGUUUAUUGUUGAGCAUUUUCAACAUUUCUUCAUUUUAGAAGGCACUAAUUGUGGAGAGAUUCUUUCCUAUAUUCCCACGGCCAUAACUGAGGAGAUGAAUGUGGAGUUGCUUCAUCCCGUUGAAGCUGAGGAGGUUAAGGCAGCGUUAUUCCAUAUGCACCCUGAUAAAGCUCCUGGACCUGAUGGGUUUACGCGGCUUUCUAUCAGCGUUUUUGGUGAGUUACGACCUAUUUCUCUUUGCAAUGUGCGUUGCAAGAUUAUUUCCAAGGUGCUUGCUUAUCGUUUGAAGGUUGUUUUAGAUUUGAUUAUCUCAUAUUCUCAAAGUGCGUUCAUUUCGGGUAGGCUUAUUUAUGAUAAUGUGUUGAUCUCCUUUGAGGUUCUCCACUAUUUGAAGAGGAAAGUUAGAGGGAGGAAGGGCUUUAUGGCUUUAAAGUUAGACAUGAGCAAGACUUAUGAUAUAGUGGAGUGGGGUUUUUUAGAGAAUAUGAUGAGGAAAAUGAGGUUUGCUAAUCGUUGGAUUAGGCUGAUUAUAUCUUGUAUUUCUUCUGUGAAGUAUCAGAUUAUUCAUAAUGGGCGUGUUAUGGGUCCUAUUACUCCGUUUCGGGGUCUUCGGCAAGGGGAUCCAAUCUCCCCUUAUUUGUUUCUCAUUUAUGCUGAGGGUUUUUAUGCUCUUCUCAGGUUGUAUGAAGCUAGAGGUUGGGUUCAUGGGUGUCAAGUGGCCCAGAAUGAUCCUUCUAUUACACAUAUGUUGUUCGCGGAUGAUUGCUAUGUGUAUUGUCGCACUUCGGAGAAGGAGACCUGCAAUAUUGGGCGCAAUAAGAGGGGUUUUUUUUUUAGAGAAUAUGAUGAGGAAAAUGAGUAUCAGAUUAUUCAUAAUGGGCGUGUUAUGGGUCCUAUUACUCCGUUUCGGGGUCUUCGGCAAGGGGAUCCAAUCUCCCCUUAUUUGUUUCUCAUUUCUGCCGAGGGUUUUUCUGCUCUUCUCAGGGGGUUCAAAGGUGCAGUUCCUUCCUGCUUGGCUGAAGCUGUUGGAGUCAAAGAAGUUUUGAGCUGGAUUAUUCAAGCGACUUGGUCUGGUGUUGACAUAGAAUCGGAUGCAGCUGUGGUUGUGGCUACUAUUCACAGUUACGAUGAGAUUGUUUCUCCUUUUGGUGUGCUUGUAAAUGAUUGUAAAGGGCAGCAUACUGCUUAUACAGAUGUUAUUGUGAGGUUGGUGGUUUGGGUGGUUUUGAUGUUUGUAAUAAUAGAGAUGAAAUUUGAGGUUGGAGAGAGCAUAGGAGUAAAUUGGGGAACAAUAGCAUCGCACCCAUUGCAUCCAAACAUAGUGGUGAACCUUCUAAAAGACAAUGGGAUUGAGAAAGUGAAGCUUUUCGACGCAGAUGAUUGGACAGUGAGCUCAUUGUAUGGCUCUGGUAUUGAGGUUAUGCUUGGAAUUCCAAAUGACAUGCUUAACAAGAUGGCUUCUAGCUAUGACCAUGCCAAAGAUUGGGUCAAACAUAAUGUCACCAAGCAUCUUCGUGAUGAUCAUGGAGGAACUGAUAUCAGGUACGUGGGUGUAGGAAACGAACCCUUCUUAUCAAGUUACAAUGGAACAUUCAUAAAAUUGGUAUUACCAGCAUUAAAGAACAUACAAAAGGCACUAAACGAAGCCGGCGUAGGAGACAAAAUCAAAGCCACCGUACCCCAAAACGCCGACGUUUACGAGUCUUCAUCCAACACUCCCUCAGAUGGAAACUUCCGCAACGACAUAAAGGAUCUCAUGCUCCAAAUAAUCCGUUUCUUAAACGAUAACAAGUCUCCUUUCGUCGUCAACAUCUACCCUUUCCUCAGCCUGUACGACAACCCAAACUUCCCCCGCGAUUUCGCCUUCUUCGACGGUGGUUCCAAGUCGAUAAACGACAAGAACAACCUCCAAUACGACAAUGUUUUCGACGCCAACCACGACACCCUAGUUUGGUCCCUAAAGAAAGCAGGGUUCCCUAACAUGAAAAUCAUAGUUGGCGAAGUUGGUUGGCCAACCGACGGUGACAAAGACGCCACCGUAGAUUUGGCGAAGAAGUUCUACGACGGGUUAUUGAAAAGGUUGGCCAAAAACAAAGGGACCCCACUUCGACCUGGCCACAUUGAGACCUAUCUCUUCAGUCUUUUCGAUGAGGACGCAAAGAGUGUGGCGCCAGGCUUCUUCGAACGACACUGGGGAAUCUUCCGGUUCGACGGACAACCCAAGUUUGCUAUGGACUUUUCUGGAGAAGGGCAUGAGAAAAUGCCGGUUGCGGCUAAAGGAGUGCAGUACUUGGAGAAGAAGUGGUGUGUUUUGGAUAGUAGUGUGAAGAACAUGAGUGCAGUGGGAAGUGAAGUGAACUACGCUUGUUCGAUGUCUGAUUGCACCAGCUUGGGACCAGGGACUUCGUGUGAGAAGUUGAAUCAAAGAGACUCUGCUUCUUAUGCUUUUAAUAUGUACUUUCAGAUGAACGAUCAGAGUGUUGAGGCUUGUGAUUUUAGUGGUUUGGCAAAGAUUGUGACCCAAAAUGCCUCUCGGGGUGGUUGUUUAUUCCCCAUUCAGAUUGAGAGUUCUGCUGUUAGGCUUGUUAUGGGUUUGGGCUCUUAUGUGUUUCAUGUGGCUGCAGGAGCUUUGGUCAUGGUUUUGUUCGCGAUUAUGUAAAUGAAUUAAUGCAUGCACAAUGCUUAUUGGUAUUAAUUAUCUUUCCAUUAUGGUCGAAACAUUAUUGCCAUUUCACGCUGAUG